AUGCACGGGACCGAGUCCUGGUCUCUUCCCGGGAAACAGGCUCUCUACGAUCCAACGCUUGAAAGGGAUGCUUGCGGUGUUGGAUUCAUCGUUGCCAUUGAUGGGAAAAAGUCGCACAAAAUUGUUCGCGAUGCAGAGACGCUGUCGGCGCGUAUGAACCACCGUGGUGCUUGUGCAUGCGAUAACGACACCGGCGACGGGGCCGGUGUUCUUUGUGCCAUCCCGCACGAGUAUUACGCCGAUGAAUUGCGCGAACGACAGAGUAUCGAAUUACCCGAGUUUGGCCGUUACGCCACCGGUAUUUUGUUCCUUGAUCAAAACUCGCAUCGGCAGGCGGAGGCUGCGUUUGAAAAGUUGACCGAAGAAUGCAAUUUAAGGGUAAUCUGUUGGCGAGAUGUUCCAACGGAUAACACGCGAAUUGGCCAAGUGGCACAAAAAUGCGAACCCUACAUGCGUCAAGUUUUUGUCACUGGCGAUCAAGACGAUGUUAAUCUUGAACGACAGGUUGGUAUCUCGUCGAUAUCGUACUUAUUGCUCGACAUCGUUAUUUGGUCGUUACAUGGUUGUAAACUUCGUUCUAGAGUACAUUUAUACCAACGCUCGACAAACCGAAACAAAAUGUAUAACAAACAGUUUUCAACCCAUCGUUUCACCAUUAUUAACACGUUCGUCGCCGCGUCACCCAGGAAAUAUGGGUGACGCCAUUCUUGUUCAAGUUAAAUAGGAUUUUCAGUUGGAUUUUUAAAAGAAAUUUAAUGGCAUAAGCACUGAAAUAUAAAUAUAGGAUAUACAACACAAAAAUAUUAAAAAUAUAAACAUUGUACUAUUUAUACUUUUUAUUAAUUUAUAUUUAGGAUAAA